UCAGGAUGACUUCUUAAGGAGCUGAAUAGACAUGAAGAGGACUGUCCCAUUUCAGCAGCAGUAAAUGCAUCCUACCCUGAGUCCAGAUGCCACCUGGUGAGAGCAUUCAGAGAUUUCUGUGACACCUCCAUGUCAUGCGUUCUUCCAUCUGCGCCAUGACGGCCAUCAGAAAGGGCUCUGUCUCUGAGUGUUUGGGACUGCCUGAAGUAUUCACACCACCUGGGUCAGCGAUAAAGCCUCAAGUCUAUGCUGAGAUGCUGCACAGUGUGUUGUGGAGUUCAGGACGGUACAUCUCCCAGACAAAAGACCCUCUUUCUGACCUCUCACUAGUACCCAAAGAUAUUGACUCAGAUGGACUCAGGAGGGAGGAAUGUGAAUCCAUGGAAGAUAGCCCUCAUCGUUGCAUCAGUAAUAAUUGGUCUGGCCAUCAUAAUUGGCUUGAUUACUUAUUUUUUGUGCCAUUAUCAGGACCGAUACUACAAUGCAACUUUCCUUAUCACCAAUGUUCCAUAUGACCUUCAGUAUGGAAGGCAAACAACGGAGGAGUUCAGAUACCUGAGCCAAGAGAUUGAAACCAUGAUGGCUAGAGUAUUUAAGGGGUCCUUUCUGAGACGCAAGUACAUUAGAUCUCAUGUUGUCAGUCUAAGCCCAGAUCCUGGUGGAGUGCUUGCAUCUGUUGCUCUGGUAUUUAAAUUUCCCUCAGCUGACAGUAAGGCAACAAGUUGGAGUCACGUCAACAGUGUGUUACGUAGAAGGCUUGAAACAAGCUCAACGUUCUUGAAUGUUGACCAGUCUACCAUUAAACUCACAGAAUUAAAUAAGGAGAAUGGAGAUAACCUUUUAAACAACUUCUGUGGGAUACGGAAGGAGGCAUUCUCCUUCUCAGGAGUGGAAAGAAUAACCGAUGGACAGCGUGCACGGGAUGGAGAAUGGCCAUGGCAGGCUAGUAUUCAGCUUGAUGGGACACAUUACUGUGGUGCAUCAGUGAUCAGUAACACAUGGCUAGUGACUGCAGCCCAUUGCUUUAAAGCAGGAAGAGAUCCUCGGAGAUGGACUGCCAGCUUUGGAAUUCUGUUGAGACCUCCAAAACAGAGAAGAUAUGUCCGAAGAAUUAUCAUUCACGAAAAAUACAAUGCCCUCAUCCCUGAUCAUGAGUAUGAUAUAGCUCUUGUGGAACUUGCCUCCCCUAUUGAGUUCACAAGUGAUGUGCACAGUAUCUGUCUUCCUGAAGCAUCUUACAUAUUAAGGGAUAAUACUUCCUGUUUUGUCACAGGUUGGGGAGCUUUGAGGAAUGAUGGCCCUGGUGUUAAUCAGCUUCGACAAGCAGAAGUAAAAAUUAUUAGCACCGCUGUUUGUAAUAGACCACAAGUGUAUGCUGGAGCAAUAACACCAGGGAUGUUGUGUGCUGGAUACUUAGAGGGACGGGUGGAUGCUUGCCAGGGUGACUCUGGUGGGCCACUGGUGCACGCAAACUCCAGAGGAAUCUGGUAUCUCGUGGGAAUAGUGAGCUGGGGUGAUGAAUGUGGCAAGGCAGAUAAACCAGGAGUGUACAUGCGAGUGACUGCUUAUCGAGACUGGAUUGCUUCCAAAACAGGCAUCUGAAACCUGUGGUGGUUUUAAGUUUUGUGGGCUGCGUGAAAGGCUAUUCCUCUGACACAUUCUGCUCUGUGGUUACCCUCUAAACAGCUGAUACCUUGGCACGUGUUGAUGUAUCAAGUGCUGGCAAGCUUGGAGUAGUCUAGGACUUGAAAUUGGUUUGGCCGACAACCAGAAAGGAAUGGACUCAAUCAUGUGACACAGCAGCUUGUUCAGGAAGUAAUCAGUCAAAUGGACAAAGACUGGUUUCUCCGCAGCAUACAGACCCUCUUCUCUGUGUCCGAAUCUUCUGGCUGCUACUCUGUGGGACAAGAAUGAGCCCACAAAUCUGUUUACCAGGAUCUAAAAACAGAUGCAACUAAAAUGUGACCCAUGCAUUUGCUGUGUGCUUUGAAGGCCCUGCCUGUCUGCAGACCAGCUACCAUCGAGCCCCUGACUCUAAGACUGCUGCACUUCUGAAUUGUCCUCAAGCUUUUUUCCUGCAUUGUUCCAUGGAACAAUAUGCUAAUAACAAACAGAAGAUGGCUUAGGGAAAUUCCAUUUCCUAGUAUCAUGCCAUACAGCUACCUAAGUGAACUAAGAAGUAUUUUUUGCUGUGUUGUCCUGAACAAGCGAUUGCUGAGAAAAGCCAGCUUCUGUCCACCGCCUUUGAAUGUGUCCACUUCCUGCUUCGUAUGAACAGCCCCUAUCACAGCAUUUGCCACGAAAUUGAAUUCUGGACUUCAGACUGAAUAGUACUUUAUGUUCACACUAGUCUAUUGUUGUACUUAAAUAUCUGACGGAAUGAAAUUCCAUUUUAAAACUUUCCAGAUUGUAUUGUUUUUAAUAAAUGUCCUAAGCUUUUUGUGCAGGUUCGUAACAGUCUUAGUAUGAACACUGCCAAAAACCGUCUCCAAAACCUGCUUAUUCUCACAAAUGGCAUUCUCAAGUCCUAUUAAUAUAGAAAAGUUCACGUGUAUCUCUUCAGUUGCAUUAAAAAAAAAAAAAAAAGAAAAAAAAAGAAAAAAAAAGAAAUGACCCAUAAGUCAAAGUAAAGAUCUUUUUCCUGUCAGGAAUUAAUGACUGUGUCUUAUUGCUAGACUAUAUAUAAACCAUCUGAUCUCACAAACUUCAUAGUCUCUCUGCCUUCAUUUUCAGGAUCCUGAUGUUUCUCAAACUUUCUAUACCCUACAAGUGGAACUUGCCUGUUCUUGAUGAGAUGCCUUCCUUAAUGCAUCUGCAGAAUGUUUCCAGUGUUUUAUUCUGGUUGCUAAUACUGACAACAGUGAGUGAUUUUAAUUGCUAGAUACAGAAGUUGCUCAUCUGCUUUUGUUGGUCAGAAGAGGAAGAACUCAGCAAAGGAAUUACUAGCCACACUACCAAGACCCAGAGCUGAUCCAGUGUGGCAGACAAGCCAGGCCAGAAAAGACAAGCAAAGGAGCAGGAUUUUUGGCAUCUUCAAAGUUAGGAGAUCUGGGGACAGGGGGCCCUCACUAAUUAUACUCGUAGGAUUAAAGCACUGUCCAAAUUCAGUACAGGUCAGUUAACAUCAUCAGUGUUAACCCUAGGGAUCUUUGUAGGUUGCUUGAAGCCCUGCCCAACAGAGCAGUAAACCAUCAAGUUUAUGAAAUUCCUUUAUUACACAUCCUGUGAUUUAGGUGCCUGCAAGUACAGUGAACCAUGCUUUGUCUUUACUGGAGGUGUGGGGUGUUUGGACUCUCGGAAAAGAUUUGUCUGAAGGAGAAGGGUCUGAAACUGUUUUUCUGUGUAUAUUGUGAAGACCCAGCAUUUAAAAUGCCCACUUAGAGAGCUUUUUGUAUGGAAUGCUUUUUGAUCCAAAAAUAAAACUUAGGUGACCUAAGUUUUAGGUAAGGAAUAAGAAGUAGCAAAGUGGUUUCAUAGGCUUGAGGCAGAGAAAUCUCAUUUUAGUCCUUUAAGCAGAACUUGGAUUUGAAUUAUGUUGUCUGUAUAUUAUGCAUGACAAAUGUAAUAUUUAUCUAUUUAUUUAUUGGUUGGUAACUAUACCCAGGCAGUGAAUCACCUUGAAGAAAAACAUUAUUACAAGACUCUAGGACUUUUCAGUUCCUAAAGAACUUCAGACUUGGGUUUUCAAAGGACAAAUGUCAUCAGAAACACAAUAUUUUUAGGUCUGAAAAUAUCAGUUAUUUCACUGUUUUCCAAAAAAUAGGUAAGUAGAUGUCCAAAGGAUGUCUUUUGAAUUUCUCAACUUUCUGGUUGCACUUGAACAAAAUGAGAAAGAGUUAAGCGUUUUUCUCUGUGCAGAGGGCUUCUAUGAAUGUAAUUUUCCCAAGUAAUGCACACAAAGCUGAAAAAGUGAACUUAGUGUUUGCUUUGAUUUUUCUGGAGAGAUCUAGUACAUGAUUCACCUUAGUCCUAAGAGCCAGUACAGGGUAGCCAGGAGAGGGGCUGCAGAGGAACAGAUACCUACAUAGUGUGUGUUUUGGUAGCCUUUUUUUUGUAUUCCAGUUUUCACAAUAGCACCUGGAACAAGCUUUCUUGUCUGAUUUCUCCUGGAAGCAAUGUGGUUUGUAUGCUCUGAAGCCUCUUGAAUAUGCAAAGCAGUAUAAAUGAGAAUGCAAUAAGAUCACUACAAAGAAUGCUCCUCAUCCACAGGAAUGCCAGUGCACGUGGACCAGAUGGAUCUAAAUCCCUUUCUUAUGGCAAAACCACAAUGAUGUCAGAAUUGUCUAGCUUUUCCUGAGAGAAAUUGUGGAAACCUGAAAUAAUGUAGGCAGCAAAAAAUUUGUUUGCUUUAGUUGGCCUAGCAAAUACAUAUUUUUUCUAAGCUGAAGUCUUAGAUUUUUAUGAAAUCACAAGAUUUAUCUGUUUUCCACCAUGUUUUUGUUUGAAAUUAUCAUCAAGGUAGAAUGACAUGCAUCCAAUUAUACAAUCAAACAUGGCACAUAGGAAUGUAAUUUAUGCAUUAAUUUAAUAAAAACAGUUUAAAAAUAA